UGAGGUGACUGGUUAAGAGUGUCCUCCUUUUUUAAGUGCAGGCUGGACAUUUGUAACCUCGCCCAGCUGCAGGCCAGUUUGCGGCCUCAGGUGGUUGAUCGCCGGCUGAGCCUCUGGGCAGGUUUCGUCCACCCCCAGGGAAGGAUCCCAGGAGGCUGUCCGCUGAGGUCUGCCAUCCCUGGCCCCAGUGACUACUCUGUGCCAACUCAAAGUCACCUUUGCUCCAACUCUUUUGCUAGCUGGCCCCAGCCAGCCCAGGACGCCCUCCCACUUGGCCCAGCAGGAUCCAGGAACUGGUCCUUAUUGGGCAAUCAUUAAUCGGAUUCUUGACAUUCCGGGGGCCUGGGUCAACGUGAGAAGCAUGCUCCCCAGAGGAGCGGAGGCGCAGGACUGGCAUUUGGACAUGCAGCUGAUGGGCAAGGUGGUGCUGUCCGCUGUUGUGCUGUUCCUGGUGACAGCGGCCUACAGACUGUACAAGUCCAGGCCUGCUCGGGCACUGCAGAAGGGUGGGAACAUCGAGACCAGAAGUGAGAAGGAAGCAGAGGGCUCCAGCCAGCCUGUCCAGAGCGCUUCUCCAGGGACGCUCCAGAGGCGGCCGAAACGUAAGAGAGCCAGCCACGGGGCUGGAGCACCACGGGGCUGCAGCUGGGAGGACCCAGGGGGUCCCUGCGUCCUGGACCCAGGAGCCACUUGCAGAGACGGGAAGCCCUCUAGUAAAGGUGGGCAGUGCUCGGGCUCUGAACAGGAGUCUCUUUGCUGCUGUGGCCAAGAGGCUGGAACAGCUGUUGGCGGUAAGCCCACCCCUCCCUGCAAUUCUUCAGCUGGACUUGCCGCUGCAGUGGACAGCAGCUGUGGGGGUGGCAAGCGUAUUGCAUGGCCAGACGGUAGACCCCCAGAGCAACCAGAGCCAGAGGAGCUGGGGCCCACUGAGGGCUGGGUGGCCCCCACAGAAGGGAGCGGUGACAUGAACCAGAACUGGAUCUUUAGCCGUGUGACAGAGAUAAACAGGGAAGAGCCCAGGAUGCUCCAGGCUGCCUCGGAGCUGGGUUUGGCCAUGCAGCAGCAGGAGGGGGCCACUAAUGCUUUCUAUACCUUCUCAUCCAUGGCAUGGGUCCGGAUGGAAGAGAAUUUCAUUCAGAAGGCGGAGAGGUCAGGGCUCCAGCUGAAGGGUAAAGUGUAUGAUUACUAUGUAGAGUCUACUUCCCGGGCCACAUCCAGGCUGGCCUCCAGGACAGCAAUGCUGGCUGAACCUCCCUCCCCUGGGCCAGUGCUAGAGCCCCUGGGAACCGGAACAUCCUCAGGAGACAAAGCUGGUGACACAGAAAAUGGGGACAAAGCAACGGCUUCCCCGCAACCGGAAAUGUCACCCUCUGCCCACGCCGUCAGCAGGAAGAAGAGUCUCCUGCAGAUCGCGGAGAAUCCAGAGCUCCAGCUCCAGCCCGAAGGCUUCCGGGAACCUGCUGCAGCCCAACCAGCCCAGAAUAUCCUGCCUGGUCCAUCCGAGUGCAGCGGGGAACCCCACAUAGAGCUGGUGGCUAGGACCAAUUUCUUCCACAUUCCCCUCAGUCCCGCCUCCAGCCUGGACAUCUGCCUGGAUCUGGGCAACUGCUACGAGGUGCUGACCUGGGCCAAGAAGCAGGACCUGCAGGCCCUCAAGGAAGCGGUCUACAAGCUGAUGAGUGACAACUACCUCCAGGUGCUCCGCAGCCCGGACAUCUACGGGUGCCUGAGUGGUGCAGAGCGGGAGCUGAUCCUCCGGCAACGGCUCCUUGGCCGCAAGUGCCUGGUGGUAGCCGACAUGUGCCCCCAGGAAGACUGUGGCCGCCUCUGUUGCUAUGACGACGAGCAGGAUGCCUGGUACCCAUUGGCCCAACUGCCCCCGGAGGCUGUGACCCGGGGAUGUGCUGUCUGCAGCCUGUUCAAUUAUCUCUUCGUGGUGUCUGGCUGCCAGGGGCCAGGGCACCAGCCCUCCAACCGUGUCUUCUGCUACAACCCAUUGACGGGGAUCUGGAGCGAGGUGAGUUCGCUAAACCAGGCCCGGCCGCACUGCCAGCUGGUGGCCCUGGAUGGCUACUUGUACGCCAUUGGGGGCGAGUGCCUGAACACAGUGGAGCGCUACGACCCUCGCCUGGACCACUGGACCUUUGCCCCGCCACUCCCCAGUGACACGUUUGCCCUGGCACACACAGCCACGGUGUGCGCCGAUGAGAUCUUUGUCACAGGGGGCAGCCUGCGCUAUCUGCUGCUCCGUUUCUCAGUCCAGGGCCAACGCUGGCGGGCCAGCCCCACAGGUGGCAGCAAGGACCGCACGGCCGAGAUGGUGGCCGUCAACGGCUUCCUGUACCGCUUUGACCUGAACCGCAGCCUGGGCAUCAGUGUGUACCGCUGCAGCGCGGGCACGCUGCUCUGGUAUGAGUGCGCGACGUGGCGGACGCCUUAUCCGGAUGCCUUCCUGUGCGCGGUGGUGGACACCCGCAUCUACUGUGUGGGGCGCCGCCGCACCCUCUGCUUCCUGGCCGACCACAUCUCACCCAGGUUUGUGCCCAAGGAGCUGCAGCACUUCCCAUCCCCACGGGGCACCCUCCUGCCCACUGUCCUGACCCUGCCUGGCCCCCAUGUGCCUCAGACCAGGGUCUAGCAGCCCCUCGGCAGGACUCGCUGUGAUAAACCUUAGCACAGUGGCUUAGCCAACCACAGCUCUAGGUGUCCUCAGAGGCCCCUGAAGCUGUUCCCUCUGAACAUGGGCCAGUGCCCCUUUCUAAACACAGAUUACUGGGCCCCACCUUUAAUGUACUCAGAAGCACCUGGGGCACCUGGGGGGAAAUCAAGGGAGGUGGUUUGGGCAGGACCAGGAGGAGCUGCAGAAAAGAGAGGGUUGAAGCUGUGGAUUGGCUGAGUUGGAGGAGCCCACGGUCACUUUUGUCUGCUGAGUAAAUUGAUCCACGCCCAGUUUUUCUUGUUCCCUGGAAUUGUUUCCUGGAAGGAGGAGAAACUAGUCACCUUCUCAUAGGGGUCCACACAGAACAUGGUUGAGUCUAUAAACGAUGAAGUCUCAGGAAAGGGAGGAGCCGAAACCAUGCAAGGCCACCUUCUUCCUGGGCCACGGCUCAUGUCCACUGCUCCCAGACCCCAACAUUCUUGCCCUGGACCUCAAAAUCCUUUCAGUUGACCCAGCCUCUGUCUGGAAGUGAGGACACCACCACCAGUGGCGGAGAGAGAGCAUGGGGGAGAGCAUGGCAGGACUGGCCCUCCCUGUGCCUUGUGGUCACCUGAUUAGGUUCAUCUGUCACGAGAGGACCAGGGAGGGGCCGGCCCAUCAGGGAGCUGUAGAGCUGGAAGGUUCCACCGGAGCAUCCAGAGGUUCCUUUCACAUCAUGUUUGGUAAAUUGUGAAAUGGGGGAGAUCCAGCCUCAGGAAGUAUGCAUUCUUCCCAGUAGGGAGUGAGAGGACACUGUCCAUUCUAUCCCCAUAGCCCUCAGUCCCUGCAAAGAGACAAAGGUCUUGGCCCCAUCCUAGAGCAGGGGACGUGGGAAGCACAUGGGACAGGGCCUGACAGAGGAGGAGAGAGCAAUGCUUUGGACCUCAAUGUCUUUGCAGAGUUCUUCCCAAAUCCCUAUGUGGUUCCAGCAGGAGCUCAUGCCCACUGCCAGUGUUGGGCUGGGGCUGGAAUCUUUGGAGAAGAUGCAGAAUUAGAGUACAGAAUGAGAAAGAGGUUGGCAUGGAGAUGAGAAGAGAGCUUUUAUUGGGCCACACAAGGCCACCAACUCUCGUCAGGGUUAGGGGAAGAGGAGACAGCUCAAUUUACUCCUAGGUUAGAGACGAAAAGAAAAGCCAGCUGGGACCGUGGCUGGCCCCGUGGGGGAGGAAUACUCAGGCAUGCACCUCCGAGGGAUGGAACAGGAAAGAGGACUUCAGAGAUGAGACUCAAAGGAGACAUUGGCAUUGUGAUGCCAAGGGGAGGAGGGUGUGCUUGGGAGGCCAAACCCAUCAGGAAACCAGAGCAACUAGACUGAGGGCCCGGGCCAAAGGAAGUCCUCUGGUGAGGAGUAGGUGGAGGAGAAGCUGGGUAAAGUUCAAGAAACAUUCCAGACCCAGGAAAGACUAGGGACACUCUGGGGAAACAUUUGGAAGCCCACUGCAUAGCUUUGGUGGGGACCAAGGACAUGAUUGUCAGAGGAAGGUAGCAAAAUUCCUUCCAGCCCCUAGUUAAUGGUGGAUGUGGUUAUCAUGAUGGAGAGAGAGCUGAGACUCAGCUGGGUUGAGAUGAGAGGUGCACGGCACAGCCAGUCUACCCCUGACAGUCCCACAGCAGACAUCACUAAUCAAUGCCCUAGCUUUUCUGGAGGAGUCCUUAUAAUGGGCUCAAACUAUUCCCACCCAGUGACCCAGGGUUAUAGGCCUUAACAACAGAUCAUCAUUACUGAUUUACUCAUCAUCACUGACCUGGGUCUCCAGAGCCAGGUUCAGAGCAUCACAGUGAAGCAAGGUAGCCUUGGGAACCUAGGAAGACCCUCAGGGGCCACUAUGUCAGGAUCCAUCCAUUCACUGGUGAAAUAAGCAUUUAUAGACCAUUUGGGCCAGCACCGUUCUAGGCACUGGUGACACAGUAGAUCUCUGCCUAGUGGAGAGAAACAAGCAGUUUUAUAAAACAGGCCCAGAGGCAAAUACUUAGAACCCGUGUCAUGUAGAUGCUAAAAGGAAAGGCUGGGAGAAGGAAUUAUCUUUCAAACAGUGUGAUCAGCCUCCUUGAUGGGAUGGAAUCUGAGCAGGGACCCCGGCGGACAUCUGGAGAUGCACAGGCUAAAAGUGGAAAGCCCCCUCCUGCCUUACCAUGCCAGCAAGGGAGGACAGGGCUGCUGCCCCCGUGGGCCACCUGAGGUAAAGGAAAAGCCCAGCUAUUCUGCUCGGGCCUUGGUGUAAGGGAAAGAAUCCAAUCACACCAGCACUUGGGAAGCAGACAUCGUGUUUGGAACAAGCCACAUCCCCCAGGAGAGAGGCGGCAUCUGAACACUUAAGGACGGGAGCCAGCGUAACACCAGGGUGUCACGGUCGCCCCAUCCAGCAUGCAGCUGAAUGACAGGGUAAUGAUGUCUUUUCACGGGGUCAGAGUCUAGGAUUUCCAGUAGACUUUGUUUAAUAGCCCGGGCGUCUCCUGACCUCCGUCUUGCUUUUCCAAAAAGAGUUCUAUCUUCUUCAGGAAAAAAUAAUAAUAAUUAAGUCUUAUACUUUAAGCUAGCCUUGCUUUGCCUGUUAUAGAAAAAAAAAAAUGGAAAAUAGAGAAAUGUAUUUAAAAAAAACCACAAUUUUGCCACCCAAAGGCAUCCCCUCCCUAAUGCAUACCCCCAUCCCGCUUUCCGAGCCGUUUUUGUUCAGCUCGAUUUUUGCCUCGGUGUGAUUGUGCUGAGCAUACAAUUUGACUGCUUCCUUUCUUCACGGAGCAUUUUAGAAUAAGCAUUUUCCUGUGUUAUUACAAAUCCUCAGUAAACAUCAUUUCAAUAGUUGUACAAUAUUCCGCCGAGCGAAUGUUUCACGGUUUAUUUAAACACUUCCCCGCUCCUGUUGAGCCUGUGGAUUUUUUUUCCCAAUUAGUUUCUUUUCUUUCUUUCUUUUUUUUUAUAGAAUAAAUAAAACGUGCUUUGUUUUCUUGUC